AUGCCGACGUCAGAUAUAAAGAAUGGAAUAGAUCAAGGUGUCCUGAAGUAUAUUUCCUCGUUAGGCCGGUGUGUAUAUAAACCCUGUGAUCAAACAGCCCUACCAGUGUGGCCUUUUCACAAGACACGUUACAACUUACUGACAGCGACUAUGCACACCUCCCUCGCACUCCUUGUCCUAGCGGUCUGCCUGUCCUCUGCAGUAGGCGUUUUAAACCAAUGUGAUAAUUACAAGCCUUUUGUCAAAAACUGGAUAUGUCCAAGCAAAAGCAUCAAAUACAACCCUUUUACCGUAAACGGUGAACUAAUCAACGGUCUCCCCAACGGGGCACAGUAUGAUGGGUCGAAGAACGUCGAAGGCACCGCUGAGUGCGUGAAAGAUAUACCAAAACCUGAGCCAUUUAUAGCCAGAGUUCCCAGCAGAACCCGAAUCAUUAAACUUGAGGAACUCUGCGCAAUGAAAAAAGUUUAUGUACAUAAUGUGUAUAAGGACUUAACCAUCGGUGGUGUCAGAAAACAGUAUGAAUGCGUGGUCGUCAAUACCGGCUGGAUGAGACAGGACUUGUACUACGCCGAAUGUGUCAAUCCGCAAAUGCCAGAUAACGACAUGUGCCAAUUGGAUUAUGGCACCCGCAAGUCAUUUAGAUGUGUUCAGUCCGGGUUUGUCAAGAAGCGCGUUCUUCUUUUAUGUCCAGAUCAUACGAAUUGGAUUUUCACAACACAUACGGUGCCGACCACUUGUAGCUGCCGCAGGUGUCCCCAUUGCGAAAACGUAAAAGAUGACAUGUUUUCGAAUCUUUUAGAAGGUCUUAUGAAUCCAACAAUCGAAUGGCGUGGGUAAACAAGCAUAUGCCAUGCUUUUGAUUCAGUUUCAAAUAUAUAAAAGCUUUGUUAUAGAUAUAAAAUCCAAAUAUCCACUGGGAGGGUUCUUAUAACAGUCAGAAACUGAAUGACAUCAAAUCAUGCAGGAGUACGUUUUGUAAUAACACUCAGAAACUGAAUUACAUCAAAUCCUUCACAAUGUGUCCUUUACUCACUGUCGAUGGGCUGGUGCAAUAUACAAAAGUUGUUUUGUGUAUCAUGUGAAUUGUUCUGUUUAGUCGUUUACUAUGCAAAUGUUGACGGCACCAGGUUGUCUAUAAAACAUGUAGUUUGUAAACAUUAUUUUGUUUUAACCCCAUUUUGAAACAAAACAUUGUCGUUGGUAUGAAAUGCAAUGCUAUAUGUAUUUUUCAUCGUCAAUAAACAUAUUUAACUUGCA